AUGAAUUCUUCUAGCUCUAGUUUCUUCCCCACAAUCGACCGAUGUAAGUCCAUUGGGCGUGAAAAGGAUACAGUAGUUGCAGACAUGGAUGGGACCUUAAUUCGAGGACGAAGUUCUUUUCCUUACUUUGCUCUAGUUGCCUUUGAGGUAGGGGGAAUUUUGCGGCUUCUCUUCUUGCUUUUAGCUUCUCCUCUCGCGUGGAUUCUUUACUACCACGUCUCUGAAUCCGCUGGCAUUCGCGUUCUCAUCUUCGCCACGUUUGCGGGGAUGAAAGUCUCUAGUAUAGAGUCGGUCGCCCGUGCCGUGUUGCCCAAGUUUUACUCUGGGGACUUGCACCCUGAGACUUGGCGGGUGUUCUCGUCGUGUGGGAAGCGAUGCGUGUUGACUGCGAACCCUAGGAUUAUGGUGGAGGCGUUUUUGAAGGAUUAUUUGGGUGCUGACAUGGUGAUUGGAACUGAGAUUGAUGUUUAUAAAGGUAGAGCUACCGGUUUACUAAAGAGCCCGGGCGUUCUUGCAGGAAAGAAUAAAGCUGAUGCAUUGAAGAAGGCCUUUAGAGAUGAUCAAAUGCCCCACAUUGGACUCGGUGACAGGAAAACUGAUCAUAUGUUUAUGAAAUUAUGCAAGGAGAGCUUCAUAGUGCCACCCAAGCCAGAGGUGGAGCCUGUAAGCCACGACAAGCUUCCAAAACCAAUAGUCUUCCACGACGGCCGCCUAGUCCAAAAACCAACACCGUUGAUGGCACUUUUAACUAUUCUCUGGAUUCCUGUGGGCUUUCUCCUCGCCUGUCUCCGCAUCUCCGCCGGUGCCCUCCUCCCUAUGCAGCUAGUCUAUUACGCCUUUUGGGCACUCGGUGUACGAGUCUACAUCAAAGGCACCCCACCUCCACCUGCCAAAAAAUCCACAGGCCAAACAGGUGUUCUCUUUAUUUGUUCUCACAGAACCCUUCUUGACCCUAUCUUUUUAUCCACCGCCUUAGGCCGCCCUAUUCCCGCCGUCACAUACUCCCUUUCGCGCCUCUCCGAGUUCAUUUCCCCUAUCAAGACUGUUCGCCUCAGCCGUGACCGUGUCACCGAUGCAAACAUGAUCAAAAAACUUCUACAGGAAGGUGACCUAGUGAUUUGUCCUGAAGGAACAACAUGUAGAGAGCCAUUUUUGCUACGAUUCUCGGCGCUAUUUGCAGAGCUAACCGAUGAGCUUGUUCCAGUGGCUAUGGCGAAUAGAAUGAGUAUGUUUCAUGGAACUACAGCGAGAGGGUGGAAAGGGAUGGACCCUUUUUACUUCUUCAUGAACCCUAGCCCGGCAUAUGAAGUAACCUUUUUGAACAAGUUACCGCAUAAGCUAACCUGUGGUGCAGGGAAAUCAAGCCACGACGUUGCAAAUUACAUUCAGAGGAUGAUUGCUUCAAGCUUGUCGUAUGAAUGCACCAGCUUCAGCAGAAAGGAUAAGUAUAGAGCUCUCGCCGGAAACGAUGGCACUGUUGUUGAAAAACCUAAGCUUAAUGCUAACAAAGUCAUGGGCUGCUAG